AUGGAAAAGAUCUGCCUUAAGAGAGUAAUAGACUUGACUAUACAGCAGUAUGUAGAUAAGACAAUAGAACAGUCUAACGAUCACUACGUAUCCACUCGAGAAGCCACCGAUUAUCUCUUCAGUUUAUUUCUCUAUUUGGGCGUAGAGAAAUCACAAAAAUGGCCAACUUUACAACGUAUAUAUUCUCUAUUCAUACAACUUAAUAUGUGUGCUCUUUUGCCACUUUCUUUUACUUUAACCUGCUACUACGAAUAUAAAAAACUGACCACCGAACAAUUAUUGACAUCACUGCAGGCCUUCAUCAAUGUCUUGGGUAUACCAGCCAAAGUUAUAACAGUAAUUAUAAGCUUUAAAUAUCUACAUCAAGCUUUAAAGGCUCUGGACACUUUAGAUGCUCGCUGUCAAAAUCCACAUGAAUAUGAUAAAAUUCAACAUUGUGCCAUGAUGGGUAAUCGUUUUACCACAUUCUAUUCCACUCUUUACUGUGUAUAUGUGGCUGCUACAAUAACAACAUCGUUGAGUAUGGGAAAGCAGGCAUAUUCAUUAUUUAUACCUUUCAUAAAUUGGCGCAACUCUAUGCUGGAGUUUGUUGUACAAUCCUUCAUUGAAUUUAUAGCUAUAAAUAUUGCUGUAUUAUAUCAGGCAGCUAUUGAUGUAUAUCCUGUAAUAUAUAUCUAUGGCAUACGUACGCAUAUGAAGAUAUUGGUGGAACGGGUAAGAAGAUUAGGUGCAGAUGGAAAGAUAACACAAAAUGAUCACUAUGAGGAGUUGGUGAUGUGUGUUAAGGAUCAUCAAGAUUUGUUAAGAUUGGUCAAUAUCAUCAGUCCCGUCAUUUCGAUCACCAUGUUUAUACAAUUUAUGAUUACGGCCGGUAUUCUCGGUACAACUUUAAUAAAUAUAUUCAUAUUUGCCGAUUUUUCCACUCAAAUUGCUUCUGUACUAUAUCUUAUUGCUGUUAUGGUGCAAACAACACCCUGUUGCUAUAACGCAUCUUGUCUAUUUGAGGAAAGUGAUCAAUUAUCAUUGGCCAUUUUCCAUUGUGAAUGGUUCGAUAAGGAUAUACGUUUUCGUAAAUUAAUGUUAUUUUUUAUGAUGCGUUCUCAGAUGCCAAUUACGUUAACGGCUAUGAAAUUAUUUCCCAUUACUUUGAAUACCAGUUUGGGGAUUGCAAAAUUUUCAUUUUCCCUUUAUACGCUUAUUAAGGAAAUGGAUUUUGGCAAACAUUUUGAGGAUUAA